AUCAGCACAAGUAAAUGAGUUGUUUACAGCUUUGUUAAUUUACCGUACAUUUAUUGUUGUUAUUCAGUGUGGAAGGGCUCCCUGUUUGAAAGGGGAAAGUAUUUUGACGCACCGCCGGUGAGCGCCGCAGUUAUUACGUCAGCUCGAGGACAGGGAAGAAGACAGCUGGCUGUUUCAACACCGGGCAAAACGCAAGACAGAGGAGGUCAGCACUGCGGCAGGGGUUGAUUUGGGAUCAAAUUAGUUCGGUUAAAGAGGUGAGUUUGGAUUUUUUGCGUUGUAGAGUUUUCUAUAGUGUCAAAUGCUCAACAAUAUAGGCUAAGAUAAUGUUGGCGCAAGCACGUAAAGACAAUAACGGAGCUAUAACGGUUUGUUGAGGCUAAUAUUAGCCCAGCCCAAGCCUAUAGUAGCAAGCUUGUGAUAUGACGGUAAUAAACAGACAGAUUAUUGGUUUGUAAAAUGGGACUAAGUGUAAAGAACAACAGAGAGAAAAGAGUUGAACAAUGUUGUAAAUGUAAAGCAAUGGAUUGAGCAUAGACACGAGUCAUGUUUAUCAUAGAUGUCUAUUGUAUUCAAACAAAGAAAAGUUAUGCUUGGUGAACAUAAAGUUGUAUAAUUUUGGGGUGGGAGACUGAGAGAUGGGAUGUGGUCCUGGACAUGUUAUGUGACUAUAGCGAUCGUGAAUCAAACUGUGCCUGGUGGCUAUUUUAGGAGACUUAACACUGCCGUGGGCUUAUCUUAAACAAACUAAGACACAUUUCUUAGACUGUUUUAUCUCAUAUCCUCACUAAUGGAGAAACUGUCUGAAAUCCAACAAUUGAUUGCAAUACUGUGUGCUAUGCCAGAGGACAGCUGGUCCUCACUGAGUGCUUCUCCUGUGAUAUAUUCUUAAUGAGAAUCUGAAUGACUUACAUCUCAUUUGGAAGUCCGACAGGAUUCCCUUAAUUUACACACAAUUUUAUAAGCUACACUGUUUUUCCAUCUAUUGUAGAUGACAUCAUCGUAGACCACGUGUGUUUUGGUUCUAAGUUGACAUGCUACAAAACAGUUAAAGAGUGAGAGAACAAGUUUGACCUAACCCUACCUUUGUAGAAGUAGAUGUUUCUUUAUAAGAUGUUAUAUGUCCCCCCCCACCUCACCUCACCAGAUGCUAAAGCUAACUACCACUCUGAAAGGGAAUAUUGCAUCCUUACUGAACUGCAGGAGAGGAGCAGCCAAUAUUUUUCCUGUGGAAAACGUGGCUAUGCUUUAUCCACUAGGCCAUAAAGCUAACAACCCUAUAUUUUCCGCCAACGUGUCAGCAUGUGGGUGAAUGUUAGGUCAAGUGAUCCAAUUCAAAAUGGCCUCCUUGGUCCCUAGGUUCUUCCUAGGUUCAUGACUUUCUAGGGAUUUCUUUCUAGCCACCCGUGCCUCUACAUCUGCAUUGCUUGUUCUCUGGGGUUUUAGGCUUGGUUUCUGUAAAAAGUACUUUGUGACAACUGCUGUUGUAAAAAGGGCUAUAUAAAUACAUUUGAUUGAUUUGAUAUUGAUACCAUCUUAAACAGCAUGUCAAAAUGUUUCUGUGUUCUCAUUUCUGCUUUCACAUAUCUUGUCUUGCAGGUUGAUUGUUUCCUGCAUAUCCUUAAAAAGACAAAAUAUGGGAAUGGUAAGUCAAAACCAUAAUCCUGUCUGCCAUUCUCUCAGUGCUAUGUGUAGCAACAGUGAAGCUAUAAGGAUAAACUUAUCAUAUUCCAUAAUGACUGUAUGAUAAUGAGGUAAGGAAAGAGGAGGGGUCAGAUGAGAGUAAUUCAUUCACUAGCAGCUGUCAUCAGCCCUGGGGCGUCUGUUUAUGGAGUUGCAAUCUACUGUAGAGAUAGCCUGCAGAGCUCUAUUAUACUAUCCAGGUCUGUGCCCAAACAGUUUGAGCUUCUACUUCUAAAAAUCCACCUUUCCAGAAAUAAGUCUCUCACUGUUGCCGCUUGCUACAGACCCCCCUCAGCCCCCAGCUGUGCCCUGGACACCAUAUGUGAAUUGAUUGCCCCCCAUUUAUCCUCAGAGUUCGUACUGCUUGGUGACCUAAAUUGGGAUAUGCUUAAUACCCCGGCCAUCCUACAAUCCAAACUAGAUGCCCUCAAUCUCACGCAAAUUAUCAACGAACCUACCAGGUACAACCCUAAAUCCGUAAACAUGGGUACCCUCAUAGAUAUCAUCCUGACUAACAUACCCUCUAAAUACACCUCAGCUGUCUUCAACCAGGAUCUCAGCGAUCACUGCCUUAUUGCCUGCGUCCGUAACGGGUCCGCGGUCAAACGACCACCCCUCAUCACUGUCAAACGCUCCCUAAAACACUUUAGCGAGCAGGCCUUCCUAAUUGACCUGGCCCAGGUAUCCUGGAUGGAUAUAGAUCUCAUUCCGUCAGUAGAGGAUGCCUGGUUGUUCCUUAAAAGUAAUUUCCUCUCAAUCUUAAAUAAACAUGCCCCAUUCAAAAAAUACAGAACUAAGAACCGAUAUAGCCCCUGGUUCUCCUCAGACUUGACUGCCCUUGACCAGCACAAAAACAUCCUGUGGCGUACUGCAUUAGCAUCAAAUAGCCCCCGCGAUAUGCAACUUUUCAGGGAAGUUAGGAACCAAUAUACACAAGCAGUCAGGAAAGCAAAGGCUAACUUUUUCAAACAGAAAUUUGCAUCCUGUAGCACUAACUCCAAAAAGUUUUGGGACACUGUAAAGUCCAUGGAGAAUAAGAGCACUUCCUCCCAGUUGCCCACUGCACUGAGGCUAGGAAACACUAUCACCACCGAUAAAUCUACAAUAAUCGAGAAUUUCAACAAGCAUUUUGCUACAGCUGGCCAUGCUUUCCAUCUGGCUACCACUACCCCGGCCACCAACUCUGCACCCUCCGCUGCAACUUGCCCAUGCCCCCCCCCGCUUCUCCUUCACACAAAUUCAGACAGCUGAUGUUCUGAAAGAGCUGCAAAAUCUGGACCCCUACAAAUCAGCUGGGCUAGACAAUCUGGACCCUUUCUUUCUAAAACUAGCCGCCGAAAUUGUCGCAACCCCUAUUACUAGUCUGUUCAACCUCUCUUUCAUAACGUCUGAGAUCCCCAGAGAUUGGAAAGCUGCCGCGGUCAUCCCCCUCUUCAAAGGGGGUGACACUCUAGAUCCAAACUGUUACAGACCUAUAUCCAUCCUGCCCUGCCUUUCGAAAGUAUUUGAAAGCCAAGUUAACAAACAGAUCACCGACCAUUUCGAAUACCACCGUACCUUCUCCGCUAUGCAAUCCGGUUUCCGAGCUGGUCAUGGGUGCACUUCAGCCAUGCUCAAGGUCCUAAACGAUAUUAUAACCGCGAUUGAUAAUAGACAGUACUGUGCAGCCGUCUUCAUCGACCUGGCCAAGGCUUUCGACUCUGUCAACCACCGCAUUCUUAUUGGCAGACUAAAUAGCCUUGGUUUCUCAAAUGACUGCCUCGCCUGGUUCACCAACUACUUCUCAGAUAGAGUUCAGUGUGUCAAAUCGGAGGGCCUGUUGUCUGGACCUAUGGCAGUCUCUAUGGGGGUGCCACAGGGUUCAAUUCUUGGGCCGACACUUUUCUCCGUGUAUAUCAAUGAUGUCGCUCUUGCUGCUGGUGACUCUCAGAUCCACCUCUACGCAGAUGACACCAUUUUGUAUACAUUGGCCCUUCAUUGGACACUGUGUUAACAAACCUCCAAACGAGCUUCAAUGCCAUACAACACUCCUUCAGUAGCCUCCAACUGCUCUUAAACACUAGUAAAACUAAAUGUAUGCUUUUCAAUCGAACGCUGCUGGCACCCGCCCACCCGACUAGAAUCACCACUCUCGAAGGGUCUGACCUAGAGUAUGUGGACAACUACAAAUACCUAGGUGUCUGGUUAGACAGUAAACUCUCCUUCCAGACUCACAUAAAGAAUCUCCAAUCCAAAGUUAAAUCUAGAAUCGGCUUCCUAUUUCGCAACAAAGCCUCCUUCACUCAUGCUGCCAAACAUGCCCUCGUAAAACUGACUAUCCUACCGAUCCUUGACUUCGGCGAUGUCAUUUACAAAAUAGCCUCCAACACUCUACUCAGCAAACUGGAUGUAGUCUAUCACAGUGCCAUCCGUUUUGUCUCCCAAGCCCCAUACACUACCCACCACUGUGACCUGUACGCUCUUGUUGGCUGGUCCUCACUACAUGUUCGUCGUCAAACCCACUGGCUCCAGGCCAUCUAUAAAUCACUGCUAGGCAAAUCCCCGCCUUAUCUUAGCUCAUUGGUCACCAUAGCAGCACCCACCCGUAGUCUGCGCUCCAGCAGGUAUAUCUCACUGGUCAUUCCCAAAGCCAACACCUCCUUUGGCCGCCAUUCCUUCCAGUUCUCUGCUGCCAAUGACUGGAACGAAUUGCAAAAAUCUCUGAAGCUGGAGACUCUUAUCUCCCUCACUAACUUUAAGCAUCAGUUGUCAGAGCACCUUACCGAUCACUGCACCUGUACACAGCCCAUCUGAAAUUAGCCCACCCAACUACCUCAUCCCUAUAUUGUUAUUUAUUUUGCUCUUUUGCACCCCAGUAUCUCUAUUUGCACAUAAUCUCUUGCACAUCUAGCAUUCCAGUGUUAAUACUAUUGUAAUUAUUUUGCACUAUAGCCUAUUUAUUGCCUUACCUCCAUAACUUGCUACAUUUGCACACACUGUAUAUAUAUUUUCUGUUGUAUUUUUGACUUUAUGUUUUUUUACCCCAUAUGUAACUCUGUGUUGUUUUUAUUGUUGUUUUUUAUUUUAUCGCACUGCUAUGCUUUAUCUUGGCCAGGUCGCAGUUGUAAAUGAGAACUUGUUCUCAACUGGCUUACCUGGUUAAAUAAAGGUGAAAUAAAAAUAAAUAAAUAAAAAUAUUGUAAUGGCAGUAGGCUAGUACAAGGUGUCACUCUUCCCUCAGGCUACCUGGACAUGUUAUUGACAGACACACACAGAGAGCGAGAGAGAGCUCUGGAAGGCGUACGACAGGCCUGCUUCUCUUAUCCUAAUACCUAGCCUCGGACACCCAGGUUCCGCUCACCUACGCUCUGAAAGCUCCAGUCAACAAGAGGAGAUUUGCAAGGAUGGCCCUGCUAGACUAUCUAAUAUCACAACCAUGUCCUUUUUGGUUCUGCUGGAUCUGUUGGUUGGAGCAUGGUAUCAGCUACACAAAGAGUAGUGGGUUUGAUUCAUACUACUGUACAUGACCUCUGCACUGCACCAUCCUAGCUGCGUUGCCUUGGCAAGACAACCACAAGUUGGCCAUAGCACAGACAGACUGAUGCCAAGGAUAGUGCAGUGUCUGGAUGGAAGUUAGCGAGUAGCCAAGCACUGCUGUAGUUUAGUUUUAUCAUCAAAGCAAAUAGCUGUAGUAAUUCACUUGUAUCAUCUGACGAUAAUGUGAUUAUCUAUGUUCUACUACGCAUAUUUGCCGCCUGAAAAGUUUGUUUGUUGAAAGGACCGUUGCUAUGGUCCCGUUGUUUUGGUUCUGUUGCUACGUGGGUGAUACCUCCCAGCUGUCCUGUGGAGUGAUGGUCUCUAUGGUAGAGCUGUAGUAGGGGCACAUCUGAGCAUGUGCAGUGGCCUCCUUGGUUUUCUGGCUGGCUGGAUUCCUGGGUGGGAGACAUUGGCUGUGUGCCUCAAUGCAGCAGAAAGAAUCUCCACAGAAACAGCAGCUGCAUGGAUAUGUUUCUCAGAUACAGGAUAAAAAAAUACAUAUCAGAUAUAGGCUGGGGAUUCUUCAAGACAGAUCUGUAGUCUCUGAGCAGUUUAUUUGGUUCUUGUUUAUGACAUGAUUUUCAACGUGUAUUUUCAGGCCAUAUGAACUCUGGUAUGUUCCCGACUGCAUGUUUGAUUGAAUUGCAGCAGUAUUGUGGUUUGUUGUUACUGUGUUGAUUAGAGGUCAGCUUCUCUGAAGCCGAGUCAGACCCCUGCAGAGUGAGCAGGUCUGUGUGUGUGUAACCAGACUCCCUGUUCCUCCCUCCUACACUGCUGUUCUGGAGGGGGCAGCUGUAGUCAGGGGGACAGACGGGUGUCAGCUGUCUGUCUGCCUGUCAGCCCUCUACUCAGGGCCGGCUGGGCCUCAGACUGUAGCCACAGCCCCUUCCUGCCCCCUGUACACCCACACAGCCCCUACCUGCCCCCUGUACACCCACACAGCCCCUACCUGCCCCCUGUACACCCACACAGCCCCUACCUGCCCCCUGUACACCCACACAGCCCCUUCCUGACCCUACCUGCCCCCUGUACACCCACACAGCCCCUUCCUGACCCUUCCUGCCCCCUGUACACCCACACAGCCCCUUCCUGACCCUACCUGCCCCCUGUACACCCACACAGCCCCUUCCUGACCCUUCCUGCCCCCUGUACACCCACACAGCCCCUUCCUGAACCUUCCUGCCCCCUAUACACCCACACAGCCCCUUCCUGACCCUUCCUGCCCCCUGUACACCCACACAGCCCCUCAAAGGCUGUCACAUACUCCCACACUGCCCACAUACACACCCAUGGCCCUUUACACAGCCCCUGACUCCCCUGUGACUGUAAUUCAUUCUGGGAUAGGCCCAGACCCUUUCCCCUGCUCUGAAACUCAUGUUGUGAAUGAGAAUGUGUUCUUUAACAACUGACCUGACAAAGUUAACAAAACUCUAACCCUCCUCUGAAACCUUGCCCCAGGCCAUUGUUAUGAAUGUGUUCUUUAACAACUGACCUGAUGAAGUUGAUAAAAAGUCAUGAAUAUUUUCCCAGGGGUUCCGAGGCACAGUAACCGAUGCUCCAGACUUUGAUGCCAGUGCAGAUGCUGAGGCUCUCUACAAUGCCAUGAAAGGCAUCGGUGAGUAACAGUGUAGCUACGCUCAGUGUCUUCUGUAGGGCAGGGGUACACUAGCCUGGUAAAAAAACAAACUCAACACUGCACACCUUUUUGUUUCAGUUGACUUCUGUCUGGUUUAUGAACCAGGCUAGAGAUGCACAACUCCAACACCAGUAUUCACGGCUGCUUAGAACAGGGCUGUCCAACCCUGUUCCUGGAGAUCUACCGUCCUGUAGGUUCUCUCCGACCCUGUUCCUGGAGAUCUACCGUCCUGUAGGUUCUCUCCAACCCUGUUCCUGGAGAUCUACCGUCCUGUAGGUUCUCUCCGACCCUGUUCCUGGAGAUCUACCGUCCUGUAGGUUCUCUCCGACCCUGUUCCUGGAGAUCUACCGUCCUGUAGGUUCUCUCCGACCCUGUUCCUGGAGAUCUACCGUCCUGUAGGUUCUCUCCAACCCUGUUCCUGGAGAUCUACCGUCCUGUAGGUUCUCUCCGACCCUGUUCCUGGAGAGCUACCGUCCUGUAGGUUCUCUCCAACCCUGUUCCUGGAGAUCUACCGUCCUGUAGGUUCUCUCCGACCCUGUUCCUGGAGAUCUACCGUCCUGUAGGUUCUCUCCGACCCUGUUCCUGGAGAUCUACAGUCCUGUAGGUUCUCUCCGACCCUGUUCCUGGAGAGCUACCGUCCUGUAGGUUCUCUCCAACCCUGUUCCUGGAGAUCUACCGUCCUGUAGGUUCUCUCCGACCCUGUUCCUGGAGAGCUACCGUCCUGUAGGUUUUCACUCUUAACCAUAAUCUAGCGCACCUGAUUCUAAUAAUUAGCUGGUUGAUAAGAAUCAGGUUAGUUACAACUGAGGUUGGAGCGAAAACCUACAGGAGGGUAGCUCAUCGAAAUAGAAUAGAAUCAUUCUAUUUCAAUGGUGUAGCCCUCCAGGAACAGGGUUGGGCAGCCCUGGCUUAGAAGGUUCUAAGGUAAAAUGUUACUGAUGAUCUUCUUCUGUGCUCUGCAGGCAGCGACAAGGAGGCCAUCUUGGAUUUGGUCACUGGCAGAAGCAAUGCUCAGAGACAGGAGAUUGUACAGGCGUACAAGUCUAGCUAUGGGCAGGUACAGGAACAUCACAUCAUAUAACUUCUAACAUCACGUCUAUCAUCCUAUUUCUGUACCUUUCCAGAACUGGACCUGGAUCGCAUUGAAAUUACAGUUUGUUUUUUUGGAAAUUAAUUUACAUAAACAUCACUAUGUAUCAUUUGGUGGUGAAUGCUUUCAGGUAAAUACCAGAAAGUACCCAUUGUUACUGUGACCCACUCCAGAUCUUUAGUUAAUACCAGGUAAAUACUGGAUCAGGUAAGUACCAGCUAAAACCACGGUGGAAAAUAAAGCUAUAACACAAAUUACACCAUUCAGUGUGCCAUUUGUUAGAAGGUACAAUACAUUCUUAGUUAAAUUCCAGAGGUGCACGCAUCAAGGGAAAUAGUUUGUGAACGUUAGCUAACAUUUCCCAUUUGUGUUGUUUUGUGCUAACGUUAGCUAACAGUCUGAGAAGGUAGUGUGCGGCGAACGUAAGUUUCUGUUUUGGGGUCUAAACUGCCACGACAAAUAAUAAUGUGGCCAUGUAAGGUUUCUAUUACAUGUAGUAGGAAUAGCAAAGUCAUUUGCAGUUUGAUUAUUGUCCCUAAACUGCCACAGUUAUCCUUGUAAAAAUGACCUGUUUGAUGUUUCACUGUAACACUUUGGAAUGUUCAUUUGAAAUCGUUCAACUGAAAUUGUUACUAAGGAACGUGUUUGUUGAACUAACAGAAGCGUUGUUGAACUCACUACACUCUACUGAGCCUUCUGCACAUUGUGUCACACACCAUGACAGGAUAACUUCAUAACAAGACAUGUCUCUUACUAAUUAUGUUGAAUUCUUUAAGGGGAGUUUGUCCAGUCAAUUCACAAGUCAGUGUGUCACACACCAUGACAGGAUAACUUCAUAACAGACAUGUCUCUUACUAAUUAUGUUGAAUUCUUUAAGGGGAGUUUGUCCAGUCAAUUCACAAGUCAGUGUGUCACACACCAUGACAGGAUAACUUCAUAACAGACAUGUCUCUUACUAAUUAUGUUGAAUUCUUUAAGGGGAGUUUGUCCAGUCAAUUCACAAGUCAGUGUGUCACACACCAUGACAGGAUAACUUCAUAACAGACAUGUCUCUUACUAAUUAUGUUGAAUUCUUUAAGGGGAGUUUGUCCAGUCAAUUCACAAGUCAGUGUGUCACACACCAUGAGAGGGUAACUUCAUAACAGACAUGUCUCUUACUAAUUAUGUUGAAUUCUUUAAGGGGAGUUUGUCCAGUCAAUUCACAAGUCAGUGUGUCACACACCAUGAGAGGGUAACUUCAUAACAGACAUGUCUCUUACUAAUUAUGUUGAAUUCUUUAAGGGGAGUUUGUCCAGUCAAUUCACAAGUCAGUGUGUCACACACCAUGAGAGGGUAACUUCAUAACAGACAUCCCUCUUCCCCAGGACCUGGUAGAUGACCUGAAGUAUGAGCUGACGGGGAAGUUUGAACGUCUCAUCGUCAGUCUGAUGAGACCCCAGGCCUACCAUGACGCCAAAGAGAUCCACGAUGCCAUUGAAGUGAGAUACUGUAGUAGACGUCCACCAUGCCAUCAAAUGAUUAUAUUCAGGAAGUAAAAAGUUAAGAAACAGGAAAAUGAUAAGAGUUGAUAGUACCCACAUCAGACGCCACAUACUAAAGUAACUGUUACACAGCCCAGUUGAUAACUUAUGCCAUUCUGUAUUUAAUGAAAUGCUUUAUUUCUAAGGGGGCAGGAACAGAUGAGAAGUGCCUGAUUGAAGUCUUGGCCUCCAGGAACAACCAACAGAUACACGACCUGGUGGAGGCAUACAAGGAUGGUAAGAUCUGUUUCUUUCCUCCCAUUAGAUGGUAAGAUAUAUUUAUUCCACUCAUUAGAUGGUAAGAUAUAUUUAUUCCACUCAUUAGAUGGUAAGAUAUAUUUAUUCCACUCAUUAGAUGGUAAGAUAUAUUUAUUCCACUCAUUAGAUGGUAAGAUAUAUUUAUUCCACUCAUUAGAUGGUAAGAUAUAUUUAUUCCACUCAUUAGAUGGUAAGAUAUAUUUAUUCCACUCAUUAGAUGGUAAGAUAUAUUUAUUCCACUCAUUAGAUGGUAAGAUAUAUUUAUUCCACUCAUUAGAUGGUAAGAUAUAUUUAUUCCACUCAUUAGAUGGUAAGAUAUAUUUAUUCCACUCAUUAGAUGGUAAGAUAUAUUUAUUCCACUCAUUAGAUGGUAAUAUAUAUUUAUUCCACUCAUUAGAUGGUAAGAUAUAUUUAUUCCACUCAUUAGAUGGUAAGAUAUAUUUAUUCCACUCAUUAGAUGGUAAGAUAUAUUUACGUCAACCCAUUAGAUGGUGAAUCUUGGAGAUGCCUGCAGAUCCAUCAAACAAUCGAUCUUGAUCUUGAGCAUCAAAACAUGAUCACAAUGAGUGCAAAAAGCCAAAUACACUUACAGUAUGACAUAAACCAUAUGAUGAUAAUAAUAAUUUAUUAAACUUUUAUAGCACUUUUUAUUACAAUCGCAAAGAGCUUUAAGCAACAACAACAACAACAACAACAUACAAUUUAGAAAAACCAAAACAAAUAGUUCAUGGUCGAUCAUGGCAGGCAGGGUAGUUCAUUAAUGGUUUGAGGCAGUCAGCACCAGGAGGAAGGGUAGAGUAGAGGCAGUUCGGAGAUGAAACAGAGGGGGGUCACAUCCAGGGGUUGUCAGACUGGUCCAGAGCCGUUUAACAGGGCACCCUGGCCCUUGCCGUCUCUGAAGCAGUGCUUCUCAGUAGUAGUCUCUGAAGUCAAACUCCAUGGGUACAACUUCUCCACUACCGAUGUGUAGCACCCACCUAGGUGACGAUCCGACAGCAGCGAAAGCACCAGAAAAGCACGCAGCACAUCAGUCCAGAAUAGUCUGCCUUGAAGCUAACCUCUGGAGAAAACUGCUCAAAACUUCAACUUCAACUGCCAUCUCCAAACACCACUCCGUUACUUUGAAUCAAAGCAGAUAGCAAGUUAGCCAUCUUAGCUUCGUGAUGACAGUGACUCAUUAGUUAGGUGAAACCAACUGACUUGCCAGUCAUGCCAUGCCGAUAGCUAACAAAUUAGCUAACAAAAACAAAAAUGUUAUUAAAAAAAUGCAAUCAAAAGUACUUCAAAAGUAUUACAUUUUAAAUAUUAAAUAUGUACACAUUUACAGGAGCCCCUAGUCUAGGUUGCUAUUCCGGCGUCACGGCAACGAUGGAACCUCAAAUAUAGUACAUCACAGCUAUAGUAUGAAAUACAGCUGACACACACCAAAUACAGAUGUAGGAUUUUGAUUUGAUCACUCUUUUGUUGCUGAGAAUUUUGCUGCACAGCAGGAAAUGCAAACUUGUAGUGUAUUCAAGGCUUCUGGAGUUUGUAAUUUUCACUUGAAAUCCCGUUUGCUGUUGCUGCAGGAAAUGUGAAACUGGUCAAAUUAAGGGUGUGUUCGUAAAUUCAAUCUGGAGUGCCAGAGGGCUCUCAGAGUGCGCUCUGGGCGUUCGUAAAAUUCAGAGGGUUGUCAGAUUGUCCUUUUGUAAAUUCAGAGCGUUUCGCUCUCGGAGCGUUCAGAGCGCCCACUGGAUACUCUGGCCAAGGAGUAGAGUUGAUCCGAGCGUUCUGACCUCACAACAGCAGUCAAGCACCCAAGCUAACUGGCUAAAGAGAACAGCUCACUCUGACCAUUUUACUCACCAUAGCAGAGCUGGUUAGGCUCUUUUCAUGUUAUCUAGAGCGUUGGUGACUGCAACUGUGCUGCUGGCAACAAUUUAAUGACGCUUUUUUUACCUAGGUUUACUGCCACCGGCCAUAUUCAACCCGUGUUGAGCGUUCGUAAAUGCGUCAGUUAUUCUACGCUCUGGCACGCUGAGACGAGAGCACUCUGAAAUCGGAGUAGAUGGCCAGAGCGAAUUUACGAACGCACCCCAAGAUUAGACAUCCAGACUGCUACAGUACAACACACUAAAUAUUGAAUCCAUUUUGAAUUCAGGCUGUAACACAACAACAUGUUGAAUAAGUCAAGAGGUAUGAAUACUUUAUGAAGGCACUGUAUAACCCCAAAAUGAUCUGUCCUUGCAAGUUGUAGUGUAUGACAAUUUCAGAUUGCACAAAGUAGUUUGGAUGUAGUAACUUUAGUUAAGUAAACUAUAUAUAUAUAGACAGUGGCGGCUCCUGAAAAAAUUCUCAGGAGGGGCAAUUUUUCUGAUGAUUUAGGUGACCUACACACGUGCACGAGUCCGUGCACGCGAUUCCAGAUAUCUUUACCUCUGAAUAAACUGCCUUUAUUAUACCAUAUCCACCCUGUCCAAAGUCUCUACUUGGUCUCAGUUCUCCAGUAAACUUGUGAUUAUCAACAGUACACAACGGUAACAAACAAUUGGGGGAACUCACGGGGCAGAUAGUAACCACUUAAAAGGAAGCGAUUCCCAAACCUUCCAUAACAAAGCCAUCACCUACAGAGAGAUGAACUUGGAGAAGAGUCCCCUAAGUAAGCUUGUCCUGGGCCUCUGUUCACAAACACAAACAGACCCCACACAGCCCCAGGACAACAACAACAACAACAACAACAACACAAUUAGACCCAACCAAAUCAUGAGAAAACAAAAAGAGAAUUACUUGACACAUUGGAAAGAACAAACAAAAAAACAGAGCAAACUAGAAUGCUAUUUGGCCCUAAACAGAGAGUACACAGUGGCAGAAUACCUGACCACUGUGACUGACCCAAACUUAAUGAAAGCUUUGACUAUGUACAGACUCAGUGACCAUAGCCUUGCUAUUGAGAAAGGCCGCCGUAGGCAGACCUGGCUCUCAAGAGAAGACAGGCUAUGUGCACACUGCCCACAAAAUGAGGUGGAAACUGAGCUGCACUUCCUAACCUCCUGCCAAAUGUAUGACCAUAUUAGAGACACAUAUUUCCCUCAGAUUACAGCGAUCCACAAAGAAUUCGAAAACAAACCCAAUUUUGAUAAACUCCCUUAUCUACUGGGUGAAAAACCACAGUGUGCCAUCACAGCUGCAAGAUUUGUGACCUGUUGCCACAAGAAAAGGGCAACCAGUGAAGAACAAACACCAUUGUAAAUACAACCCAUAUUUAUGUUUAUUUAUUUUCCCAUUUGUACUUUAACUAUUUGCACAUUGUAACAACACUGUAUAUAUACAUAAUAUGACAUUUGAAAUGUCUUUAUUCUUUUGAAACUUCUGAGUGUAAUGUUUACUGUUAAUAUUUAUUGUUUAUUUCACUUUUGUUUACUAUCUACUUCCCUUGCUUUGGCAAUGUUAACACACGUUUCCCAUGCCAAUAAAGCCCUUAAAUUGAAUUGAAUUGAUAGUAAGGUCGCAAUGACACAGAAAGCAGUUCAAUGUCGGGGUACAGAGUCGCUCUCUUACCAGGAUCGCGGUCCGCUCUGACCAGGGUGAAGGUGGCCGGCUCCACUUCUCUGUCCGGGACUCAUCCAGCCAAGUCUCCCAGCUGUAUUGGGAUUCAGCUGCCAGCAGCGUUUUCAUUAUUUAGUCCGUUCGUAGCGGGUAUGUACACGAUCAACAAGAUCAGUCCAAAACCAACCACUGGAAAUCCAUGGUUGGCAGAAUGUUUGUAAACUAAGUCUACAAAUUAAAAACAUAAAAUAACGCCGCACUGCAGGUCGCAACAGAGACGCUUCUAGCCGCCAUUGUCUUAGUUACGUUCAACGUUACGUCACGUAUGACGAAAGCGCGUAAGUGCAAGCCCACAGACACCCAUAGAGAAUGUAUUGAAAGCUUUGAAAUGUGAAAAAAAUAGAUUUUACAUGACAGGCUAUGAGAGACUUCUGGGCGAUUUUCAACUUGACUGAAAUCGCCCCAAAAACGGGCGGGGCCAUUUGAAGCACGACUUUAGCCUGAUUUGACAUUUAGUGGCUGGCAGAUCAGACGUGAACACUGAUAACUGCUGUUGCCGUGAUAUAAUUGAUUAGAAAAAAAAUCCCUUCCUUUUCCCGUUUGGCAGUGCGUCGCCCAUAUCGCCCUAUUGAACAAGCCGUCCCUGUAUAUAGAUAUAGAUAGAUAUAUCGCCGCCAUUGGAUUCCGGAGCAGUGAAACGCGUUCUCUGUAGUGAUUAAUCACGCUUCACCAUCUGGUAGUCCGACGGACGAAUCUGGUUUUGGCGGAUGCCAGGAGAACGUUACCCGCCCCAAUACAUAGUGCCAACUGUAAAGUUUGGUGGAGGAGGAAUAAUGGUCUGGGGUUGUUUAUCAUGGUUCGGGUUAGGCGGCUUAAUUCCAGUGAAGGGAAAUCUUAACGCUACAGCAUACAAUUACUUUCUAGACGUGUCUGUGCUUCUAACUUUGUGGCAACAGUUUGGAGAAGGCCCUUUCCUGUUUCAGCAUGACAAUGCCACCGUGCACAAAGCGAGGUCCAUACAGAAAUGGUUUGUCGAGAUCGGUGUGGAAGAACUUGACUGGCCUGGACAGAGCCCUGACCUCAACCCCAUCGAACACCUUUGGGAUGAAUUGGAACGCCGACUGCGAGCCAGGCCUAAUCGCCCAACAUCAGUGCCCGACCUCACUAAUGCUCUUGUGGCUGAAUUGAAGCAAGUCCCCGCAGCAAUGUUCCAACAUCUAGUGGAAAGCCUUCUCAGAAGUGUGGAGGCUGUUAUAGCAGCAAAGGGGGGGACCAACUCCAUAUUAAUGCCCAUGAUUUUGGAAUGAGAAGUUCGACGAGCAGGUGUCCACAUACUUCUGGUCAUGUAGUGUAUGACAAACGCAGCAUGUUCCAGUGAAAUCCUGGUUGUAUUAUUAACCGUCUGUGUUGUUACUGUCUUCAGCUUACGGCUCAGACAUCGAGGAGGACCUGACAGGAGAGUCCUCCGGGCACUUUAAGAAGAUGCUGGUUGUUUUACUCCAGGUCAGUUGUUUUACAAAGGUCACAGGAAACAGGAAAUGUAAUUGAUCUAAUGUGCUUUUACUAUUUGAAAGGCUGUCAAUAGCUUGUUUUCUAGCUUGAGUUUUUUUGUAAGUAGAUAUAGUCUGGGUACCAAUCUGUUACCUAACUUGUUGUUGUCCUAACCAAAGCAUUUGUAUAGCUGUUUAGUCAGUCUUAGUGUGUGUGUGUGUGUGUAUUUCCAGGGGACCAGAGAUGAGCCAGGAGUAGUGCAUGCUGACCUAGUGGAGGAGGAUGCUCAGGUGAGUGUUUAAAAGCAGUAGUACAGGACACAUUCACCACAAUACAAACACCAAGCAUUUGUUAUCCUUUCGUUUCCCUUCCUAGCCCUAUCAACCCCUUUUCUAGCCGUCUCUAACUAUCCCUUUUCAACACUUUUCAACACUUUUCAACACUUUCAGGUGCUGUUUGCAGCCGGGGAGGAGCAGUGGGGCACAGAGGAGUCCAUAUUCAUUAUGUUGCUGGGAAACCGCAGUGUCGACCACCUGCAGAUGGGUGAGUAUAACACACUGGGGUACAUAAACACGAGGCAGAGAGUGACAACAGUAUCAUGACCUCAGCCUGACCAGAACACUGGCUACGUCCCAAAUGGCACCCUGCACCCUACAUAGUACGCUGUCUGUAACCCAUAGAUGUUAAAAGCAGUGCACUAUGCAACGAAUAGGGUGCCAUUUGGGACGCAUCCAUUGUCACAUCAGUGUGGCAUCUACUAGUGUGAAUCGGUCAUUGCUUCUCACACCCACAACAUACAGGGACCCUGGUUGUAUCAGGCUGCUGAGUUAUGUGUCUGACCCUGUACAUUACAGUCUAUGGUCUGGGCUCAGUAGUUCACUGACUAGGAUACCGUGCCAGGGAAUGACUCCAUUCUCUCUCUUCUUCCUGCAGUGUUUGAUAAGUACCAGGAGAUAGCAGAGAAGCCCAUAGAGGACAGUAUCAAGAGCGAGCUGUCUGGGGACUUUGAGAGACUCAUGCUGGCUGUCGGUACGCGUUGACUCUUUCUGAUAACACACAUGAAGAUCCUUUCGCCUGGGUAAAAUCAGACGGAACCAAAUUGAAAUCAAAUGGAACACCGUUGAGUGAACUCCCCAUCGUUCAGUCUGGUUUAAUCAGGCUAAAAGAUCAUACCUAGUCAAGUCAUCCAUGAACUCUUAUUCCAACAUGUCUGUCUUGUGCUCACUGUCUCCUACAGUCCAGUGCAUCAGGAGUGUACCUAUGUACUUCGCCAAGCGUCUCUAUAAGUCUAUGAAGGUAAAAUCAACUGCUUCUUCUUAUUAAGGUCUUUCAGUCUCCGCUGCACUCGUAUCAAACUCACUCUGACCAACAAUCUGUCAAUUCGAUUCAAUAAGGGCUGUAUUGGCAUGGGAAACAUAUGUUUACAUUGCCAAAGCAGGUGAAAUAGAUAAUAAACAAAAGUUGAAAUAUGUGUCUCUAAUAUGGUCAUACAUUUGGCAGGAGGUUAGGAAGUGCAGCUCAGUUUCCACCUCAUUUCUCUCUCUCUCGCUCUCUCUCCCCCCUCCCUCCCUCUUUCUCUCUCUCUCUCUAUUUCUCACUUUCUCUCUAUCUCUCUCCUCCCUCCCUCCUUCUCUCUCCCUCUCUCUCCUCCCUCCCUCCUUCUCUCUCUCCCUCUAUCUCCAUCCCUACUCUCCAGGGUCUUGGUACGCAAGACAACACUCUGAUUAGGAUCAUGAUCUGUCGUUCUGAGAUAGACAUGCUGGAUAUCCGGGAGUGCUUCCGUAUGUGCUAUGAGAAGUCCCUGUACAACAUGAUCCAGGUGAUACAACUUAAACGUAAUUUAUCUUAAACCCAUAGAUAUUUUGAUCCUAUAGAUUGUAACCUCUAGAUGUAACAAUGCCUCUUGUUUGAAGUUCUGUCUUAGUUACCUUGUCUUGUGACUGAGAUAAGAGUGACUUUAUGACUCCAUACUUACUGUAUAUCUCCCUGUCUAUCUAACUAGCUAUCUGUCUAUCUAACUAGCUGUCUGUCUGUCUGUCUAACUAGCUAUCUGUCUAUCUAACUAGCUAUCUGUCUAUCUAACUAGCUGUCUGUCUGUCUGUCUAACUAGCUAUCUGUCUAUCUAACUAGCUAUCUGUCUAUCUAACUAGCUAUCUGUCUAUCUAACUAGCUAUCUGUCUAUCUAACUAGCUAUCUGUCUAUCUAACUAGCUAUCUGUCUAUCUAACUAGCUAUCUGUCUAUCUAACUAGCUAUCUGUCUAUCUAACUAGCUAUCUGUCUAUCUAACUAGCUGUAUGUCUGUCUGUCUAACUAGCUGUCUGUCUAUCUAACUAGCUAUCUGUCUAUCUAACUAGCUGUCUGUCUGUCUGUCUAACUAGCUCCCUGUCUAUCUAACUAGCUAUCUGUCUAUCUAACUAGCUGUCUGUCUGUCUGUCUAACUAGCUAUCUGUCUAUCUAACUAGCUAUCUGUCUAUCUAACUAGCUAUCUGUCUAUCGGUCUAUCUAUCUGUCUAUCUAACUAGCUAUCUGUCUAUCUAACUAGCUAUCUGUCUAUCUAACUAGCUAUCUGUCUAUCUAACUAGCUAUCUGUCUAUCUAACUAGCUGUCUGUCUGUCUGUCUAACUAGAUAUCUGUCUAUCUAACUAGCUAUCUGUCUAUCUAACUAGCUAUCUGUCUAUCUAACUAGCUAUCUGUCUAUCUAACUAGCUAUCUGUCUAUCUGUAUAGCUCCCUGUCUAUCUAACUAGCUAUCUAACUAGCUAUCUGUCUAUCUAACUGUCUAUCUGUCUAUCUAACUAGCUGUCUGUCUAUCUAACUAGCUAUCUGUAUAUCAGAAUAUCUCCCUGUCUAUCUAACUAGCUACUGUAUCUGUAUAUCUGUAUAUCUCCUGUAUAUCUGAUAUCUCUAGCUGUCUAUCUGAUAUCUGUAUAUCUCCCUGUCUAACUAUCUGGCUUUCUAUCUAUCUGUAUAUCUCCUGUAUAUCUGAUAUCUCUGUCUAUCUGUAUAUCUCCUGUAUAUCUGAUAUCUCUGUCUAUCUGUAUAUCUGAUAUCUCUGUCUAUCUGUAUAUGUCCCUGUCUGUCUAAGUAGCUUUCUGUUUAUCUGUACAUAUCCCUGACCUGUAUAUCUUUCAACAUGGUAUCUUAAUGUUCCGUCUGGUCUUCUACCCAACAGGAAGACACAUCAGGAGAUUACAAGAGGACUCUGCUCGCCCUGUGUGGAGGAGAUGAUGAGUAAGUUAGAUUACUGCUGAUUGAUGGAGCUCAUCAUUACUGUGUUUUGCAGUAGUUCGUUUACACCACUUGGGGGCGACAUUGUACCCUCUAAAUGUAUCCACAGUUGGCAGAUUCAACAAUGCCUUUUUUUGAGACAACAUUAAGCCAAGGAGCUGAAACCCAAAGCUUCCCUAAAAAGUGAGAGAAUUUAGAAUGAAAUGUUGUCAUAGUUCAGGAAUCAGUCAGAGGAGAAAUACUGUUCAUAUAUAAUUCUCAACGGGAAAACCUAAAGGGUCAGAACAGGGUCUGGUUAUAGUGUAAGCCUGAAUGCCAGACUGUUUGUGCUGUCAUGCCAACUCCAUGGCACUCAUUGUCAUACCAACAUGAUGUUUGGCUUGACAAGGACAGCAAUUAAGUUGGCAAGAGUACAAACAGAUCUGUGACCAGGCUAGCGUAGGUUAGGGCUACAGCUGGGUCAUUCCAACGAUUCAGUGCCUUUUUGAGAAGUGUAACUUGGUUUAAAAAUGAAACUUUUGAUUUCACCUAAUUUUAACAUUCUUUCAUAAAGAGCACAUGUUCAACUAAAUAAAAAAACAUGUCAAGAGGUUAAUUAAUAAAAUACUAUAGUAAGGCCUAUUAAGUGCCAAAUAAAGUAACAGGGUUGACCGUAACAGGGGUUGACCGUAACAGGGGUUGACCGUAACAGGGGUUGACCGUAACAGGGGUUGACCGUAACAGGGUUGACCGUAACAGGGUUGACCGUAACAAGGUUGACCGUAACAUGGCUGACCAUAAUAGGGGUUGAUGAUUUCAUCCUUUCCCAUUAGUUUGUAGGCCAAACGGUUCGGCGCUACCAAACAGAAGUUGGCACAUCGACGGUACCGACUUCAGACGAGUCUCCUGACACUUUUGGGGGUCGUAGAGCAAAUCGGAGACCACCCAUCAUGAGAGGCUCAUCUUUCCAUAGAGGGGUCAUAAUAGUUUGUAGGUCAAACCGUUCGGACGCUACAGACGUUUACGUGAGAACACCAAUUUUUGGGACGUCUCAUGGUCUGACAAACCCCUCUCUAGCUCUGACACCACAGAUGAGGAAGUGCGACACUGGCGGAUGCGGUGGAUUGAGACGCAUCCAAUGCAAAAAAUAUCUGUAGUUUAAACUGACGGAUUUUGAUGGGGAUUUUUUUUGUUAUGUAAUUUAGACUGUUGUACCGGUGCGUUAAUCGACUGUAGGGGGUUAAAUCAGCCAUAAAUCCCCUUGUGACUGGCGAAAUGAAAGCGUGUUGUGUGCAACAGGGAGUGGAAAUUGAAUGCAUGCUUCACCAUUUAUUUAUUUAUUGUUAAAACAUUUCUAUUCGGGUGCUGAUGACGUCGAUUUUUCCUCUCUGAUUCAGAGGGAAAUGCUCGAAGACACAUUUCGUUUGAAUGCAUUCAGUUGUGCAGCUGACUAGGUAUCUCCCUUUCCUUGCCUAUCGAUGGGUAACAGCGUUGACGUGUGAUGCUUGACCCACUCAGUUUUCCACCACAAAACACCAGAAAAUGUCCAGAAAGAGUAGAACCAGCUCACAUGCUUUUACACUAUGAUUUGACUGUUCAGUGUUUCUUUUGAAGAAAAUUUGUUUUCUAAAGGAAUUGUUUCACUAUAUUAAAACGAGAGUUCAGUUCACGUAACAGGGUUGACCUUAAAAUGAGGGACUGACGUAAAUUGAUCGCUAAUCAGAUUAAAUAAAUGAUAAUCUUCAGAAAGGACUUUGUCAAAGCAACAAAAUAACUAGGGCUUCACAAUGAUGGUGAAACUUUUGCAAUGUUUGGAUUAAAUGGGUUAAAAUCUUCCUAGAAGUGACACAGGGUUGACGGCGGGACAUGUCCAAAUGCUGAAUCUUGGCACUUUAGCAAGACUUUUUCAUAUAAAUAAAUCAGAUUUAUUGAAUUCCCCAUGUGGUCUAUAUUAAAGGGCACUUCAUUUAAUAUAACAGGUUUUUAAAAAUUCAAUAUUGGUGCACAAUUUCUACUUAAAAUAUCAAAGGGACGCAAAAGGCCCUCAUUUCAUGGAACGACCCAGCUACUUUAGGAAACUAUUAUUAGGAGAGCAAACAGAGUUGGCAAAGCAAAGGAACAUCAUGUCAUGUUGAAUGUGUCAGAUUUCAGGAAAUUACCCCAGUGUGUAUUAGAUAGCCAGUUCUCUUUGGAUGUGUUGUUGGGGGGGUCAGGGUUAGCUCUGUGGUUUUGUUGUUGGGGGGGUCAGGGUUAGCUCUGUGGUUUUGUUGUUGGGGGGGUCAGGGUUAGCUCUGUGGUUUUGUUGUUGGGUGUGGGGGGGGGUCAGGGUUAGCUCUCUGGUUUUGUUGUUGGGGGGGUCAGGGUUAGCUCUGUGGUUUUGUUGUUGGGGGGGGGGGUCAGGGUUAGCUCUCUGGUUUUGUUGUUGUUGGGGGGGUCAGGGUUAGCUCUGUGGUUUUGUUGUUGGGGGGGGGUCAGGGUUAGCUCUGUGGUUUUGUUGUUGGGGGGGUCAGGGUUAGCUCUCUGGUUUUGUUGUUGGGGGGGUCAGGGUUAGCUCUGUGGUUUUGUUGUUGGGGGGGGGUCAGGGUUAGCUCUGUGGUUUUGUUGUUGGGGGGGUCAGGGUUAGCUCUGUGGUUUUGUUGUUGGGGGGGUCAGGGUUAGCUCUGUGGUUUUGUUGUUGGGUGGGGGGGGGGGUCAGGGUUAGCUCUGUGGUUUUGUUGUUGGGGGGGGGGUCAGGGUUAGCUCUCUGGUUUUGUUGUUGGGGGGGUCAGGGUUAGCUCUCUGGUUUUGUUGUUGGGGGGGUCAGGGUUAGCUCUCUGGUUUUGUUGUUGUGGGGGGUUAAGUUGACUCAUGAUUAGGGUUGAUUAGAUACAUUUUAUUAUUACAGUGUCUUGCAUCUUCAGGAUGCCCAGCCCAGAUGGGCUUAUAAGCCACUGUCUGUUUUUAUGAUUCAGUGUGUCCUUGACUCCUUAACUCAUUGGUAUAUCAUUGGUAAUUGCAGCCUAGCAGGAGAGUUCUUCCCAGAGGCUGCUCAGCUAGCCUACAAGAUGUGGGAAAUAAGCGCCAUGACCAAAGUCCAGGUUCGGCCCGUGCCCUCUGACCUCUACUCACACAUCCCAAAUUGCACCCUAUUCCUAUUUAGGGCACUAGUGGGUUCUGGUCAAAAGUAGUGCACUGUAUAGGGUGCCAUUUGGGACACAUCCCUUUUUGCCCCUUUGGACCUAAAAAAUAGUGCACUAAGUAGGAUUCCAUUUUAGAUUUGCUCAUAGUAUAGAUUGCAUGUUUGUUCUGGCUCUGGCAUGCAUCUCAUUACCUUUACAAGGAUCUCUUCCCUUGCUGUGGCCCCUCAACCCGUGCUGAUAACUCUACCAUCUCUUCCCUUGCUGUGGCCCCUCAACCCGUGCUGAUAACUCUACCAUCUCUUCCCUUGCUGUGGCUCCUCAACCCGUGCUGAUAACUCUACCAUCUCUUCCCUUGCUGUGGCCCCUCAACCCGUGCUGAUAACUCUACCAUCUCUUCCCUUGCUGUGGCCCCUCAACCCGUGCUGAUAACUCUACCAUCUCUUCCCUUGCUGUGGCCCCUCAACCCGUGCUGAUAACUCUACCAUGUGUGUGUGUGUGUGUGUGUGUGUCUAUGUGUGUGUGUCUGUGUGUGUGUGUCUAUGUCUGUCUGUGUGUGUGUACUAUAUCUGAUUUGUCCCCUGCCCCCUCUCAUCCUCUCAUCCUGUCUUCUUCAGCUCAGACCAACCAUCCGUCCUGCCAGUGAUUUUGACCCAGCUGAUGAUGCUCAGAACCUGAGGAAAGCCAUGAAAGGCUUUGGUACGCUUCCUCCCAUGGAAAACACCUCACCUUUACUCUGAUGUUAAUGACAUUGUUGGAACUGGUUCAUACAUCAUAUGGUGUUUGUAUGAAACAUAUAUAUAUAUAUAUAUGUCUGAUAAAACAGGUAUUUAUAACCAUUGUUCCUGCCGUGUCUACAGGCACAGAUGAAGACAUCAUCAUUGACAUUGUGGCAAACAGGAGCAACGAGCAGAGACAGGAGAUCAGACAGGCCUUCAAGUCCAUCCUCGGCAGGGUAAGACGGACAUCCCCAACACUCACAUAGUAGCGCUUUACAUUGUAACGUGAAACCCACCGCAUCCAAAACUCAAUGUGUGUGCUAGAAUGUGAUGACAUCAUUCCAGUGGGUGGGUGAUACAGCAGCAGCCAUUUUGUACCAGUAGUCCCACAGAUUAGAUGGUCGUGUGUUCUGUGUGUUAACGAUGUCCUCUCCUAUAGGACCUGAUGAAGGAUCUGAAGUCUGAGCUCUCUAAGAACCUGGAGAGGCUGAUAAUCGGCCUGAUGCUGACGCCCGCUGAGUUUGACGCCAAGAUGAUGAGGAAAGCUAUGGAGGUAGGAGGAGGUGGUGGUCAAUGUAUAUAUAUACAGUGCAUUGGGAAAGUAUUCAGACCCCUUGACUUUUUCCACAUUUUGUUACGUUACAGCCUUGUUCUAAAAUUGAUUAAAUUGUUUUUUCCCCCCCCUCAUCGAUCUACACACAAUACCCCAUGAUGACAAAGCAAAAACAGAUUUUUUGAAACUUUAGCAAAUUUAUGAAAAAUAAAUAAAUGAAAUACGACAUUUACAUAAGUAUUCAGACCCUUUACUCAGUACAUUGUUGAAGCACCUUUGGCAGCGAUUACAGCCUUGAGUCUUCUUCGGUAUGAUGCUACAAGCUUGGCACACCUGUAUUUGGGGAGUUUCUCCCAUUCUCUGCAGAUCCUCUCAAGUUCUGUCAUGUUGGAUGGGGAGCGUCGCUGCACAGCUAUUUUCAGGUCCCUCCAGAGAUGUUUGAUCGGGUUCAAGUCCGGGCUCUGGCUGGGCCACUCAAGGACAUUCAGAGACUUGUCCCGAAGCCCCUCCUGCGUUGUCUUGGCUGUGUUCUUAGGGUUGUUGUCCUGUUGGAAGGUGAACCUUCGCACAAGUCUGAGGUCCUGAGCGCUCUGGAGCAGGUUUUCAUCAAGGAUCUCUCUGUACUUGGCUCCGUUCAUCUUUCCCUCGAUCCUGACUAGUCUCCCAGUCCCUGCUGCUGAAAAACAUCCCCACAGCAUGAUGCUGCCACCACCAUGCUUCACCGUAGGGAUGGUGCCAGGUUUCCUCCAGACGUGACGCUUGGCAUUCAGGCCAAAGAGUUCAAUCUUGGUUUCAUCAGACCAGAAAAUCUUGUUUCUCAUGGUCUGAGAGUCUUUAGGUGCCUUUUGGCAAACUCCAAGCGGGCUGUCAUGUGCCUUUUACUGAGGAGUGGCUUCCGUCUGUCUACUCUACCAUAAAGGCCUGAUUGGUGGAGUGCUGCAGAGAUGGUUGGGUUUCUGGAAGGUUCUCCCAUCUCCACAGAGGAACUCUGGAGCUCUGUCAGAGUGACCAUCGGGUUCUUGGUCACCUCCGUGACCAAGGCCCUUCUCCCCCGAUUCCUCAGUUUGGCCAGGUGGCCAGCUCUAGGAAGAGUCUUGGCGGUUCCAAACUUCUUCCAUUUAAGGAUGAUGGAGGCCACUGUGUUCUUGGGGACCUUCAAUGCUGCAGACAUGUUUUGGUACCCUUCCCCAGAUCUGUGCCUCGACAUAAUCCUGUCUCUGAGCUCUACAGACAAUUCCUUUGAUCGUAUGGCUUGGUUUUUGCUCUGACAUGCACUGUCAACUGUUGGACCUUAAAUAGACAGGUGUGUGCCUUUCCAAAUCAUGUCCAAUCAAUCGAAUUGACCACAGGUGGGACUCCAAUCAAGUUGUGGAAACAGCUGAAGGAUGAUCAAUAGAAACAAGAUGCACCUGAGCUCAAUUUAGAGUUUCAUAGCAAAGGGUCUGAAUACUUAUAUAAAUAAGGUAUUUCUGUUUUUAUUUGUAAUAAAUUUGCAAACAUUUCUAAAAACCUGUUUUUGCUUUGUCAUUAUGGGGUAUUGUAUGUAGAUUGAUGAGAAUUGUAUUUAUUUAAUCAAUUUUAGAAUAAGGCUGUAACGUAACAAAAUGUGGAAAAGUAAAGGGGCCUAAAUAUUUCCUAAUGCACUGUAAUAUAUAGAAAUACUGAAUGUAUGUGGAGGUGGUGGAUCUCUCAGUAUGCAAGAUAUCUAGUAGAUAAGUCUUAGAAUGAGAUAACAUCGUCUGUUCUGUGUGAUACAUAUUUAGUAUGUGCCGCAGACAAAGGACAGCCUACAGGUACUUUCUCCUGUGGGUGGAUUGAUGUGUGAGAUAGAUAUGACGAACUAUGAAUCAAAAAGCACAGUGAGUGAGUGAGUGAGUGAGAGAUCUCAGCCUGGCAUACACAGUGUUGACAAAGGUAGGAGUUUCCGUCUUGACGAAAUCCAAACAUACUAAAAAGAUAAAUCUCACUAUUUACAAUGGAUGUGAUGUUUGGUUGCUCAAACAAAACCCACAAUGACAACAUCCCUUUCCUAUUCCAGGGGGCGGGGACAGACGAACAUGCUCUGAUUGAGAUCCUGGUAACCAGGAGCAACGAGGAGAUCCACGCCAUGAACGCUGCCUACCAGGCUGGUGAGGCCUAUAGCGUACUCCAUCAUCAUCAUCAUCAUCAUCAUAAUAAUAAUAAUAGCCCUCUAGUCUGUGUUAUAAGCGGUUGUUGUUGACACACAGGCCAUCAGACUGUUAAACAGUCACCACUAGCCGACCUACGCCCAGUACCCUGCCCUGAACCUUAGUCACUGUUACUAGCCAGCUACCGCCCGGUACUCUACCCCUGGGCUUCCCAAACUCGGUCUGGGCACUGUGUAUAUAUAUAUUUAUAUUGCGGACUCUGACAUUGCUCGUUCUGAUAUUUCUUACUUUUUUUUCAAUGUUAUUUGUUGCGGUAUUUGUGUGUAUUGUAUUGUUUGGUAUUACUGCACUGUUGGAGCUAGAAACAUAAGCAUUUCGCUGCACCUGCGACAACAUCCGCAAAAUAUGUGCAACUAAUAACAAUUUAUUUUAAUUGUUCUUUCAACUGUGGUACCUGUUGUUGCCUUUAGGGGGAGCCAGUUGUUCUAGUAGCUGGUACUAAACCGUAACACACUAAAGCACUAACAGUUACCGUAUCUAUAAACACCUAUUAUGCAUGAAUAAUAACCAUGUAUUAACCUCAGGCUAUAAGAAGAGCAUGGAGGACGCUAUCCAGUCAGACACCUCAGGACGCUUCAGUCAAAUCCUCACGUCGCUGGUGCAGGUAACGUUUAUUCCUACGUGCAUCUACAAAACCAAAGGGCCAUAAUAUGGCCGUCCAUAUAAUUCUAUAGGAGUGAGUGAAGUCUAUUCUACAUAACAUUACCUGUCGUGCUCUUCCUACCCCAGGGGGCGAGAGAGCAGGGUCCAGCGGACUGGGACAGAGCAUUGGUGGACGCCCAGGUGAGUACGUCAUGACAUCAUGACAACAUGACUCUCGCUUCUUUUGACUUUCAAUGGGGUUUAUUGUGGAAUAUUGUUGAUGCUCUUUUCAGGAACUGGCCGAUGCCUGUAACGAAGACUCUGACGACAUGGAGAUUAAGUUCAUGAGUAUCCUCUGUACCAGGAGCUUCCCACAUCUCAGGAGAGGUACCAGAGAAACACUGCUUCAUCACUACUGACCACAUCUCAGGAGUGGUACCAGAGAAACACUGCUUCAUCACUAAUGCAGUAUUAGAUAGACAUAUAUUAUUGGACAUACAAGCCUCGAUAUCUGGCUUUUACGAUUGUAAUUUCUGUUUUUGCAGUGUUCCAAGAGUUUGUCCGAUGCAGCAAUAAGGACAUUGAGCAGAUCAUCAAGAAGGAGAUGUCUGGAGACGUGAAACAGGCCAUGUAUGGCAUAGGUAAGGAUGGCUGUGCAUAGCUUACUUAUUUAAGCCCUUGACUCCAUAGUGGAGUAUAGGCCUUUUGAGGCUGUUGACAAAUUACAUCUUACAGGUUUGGGUAUUGUAAUAUUUAGUUUUUGUUGACCUAUCAUAUCUCUCUUUCUCUCCGCAGUUUUGAGUGUAAAGAACCAGCCUAAUUACUUUGCUGAGCGCCUGUACAAAGCCAUGAAGGUAGGUCUAUUUCUGCUGCUUUUAGAAAACGGCUCCCGUCGCAGCCCAGCCAUAUUUCACUGGCCUGUGGAUAGCUAGCUAAAUGCAGUUAGUAUUAGAAGGCCUAAAGGGGAUGCAUUUUCUAAGCAGUUCGUGUUGUUGUUUCUGUCUACCUGGUAGGCUAUGUACUGUGUGUUUUGUAUUGUGUUUUGUGUUGUGUUUUGUAUUGUAUUUUGUAUUGUGUUUUGUAUUGUGUGUGUGUGGACCCCAGAAAGAGUAUAGCUGUUGCUACUUCAACAGUGAAUACUUGGGAUCCAACUACACUGAACAAAGAUAGAAACGCAACAUGUAAAGUGUUGGUCCCAUGUUUCAUGAACUGAAUUAAAAGAUCCCAGAAAUGUUCCAUACGCACAGAAAGCUUAUUUCUCUCAAAAUGUUAUGUACAAAUGUGUUUACAUCCCUGUUAGUGAGCAUUUCUCCUUUGCCAAGAUAAUCCAUCCACCUGACAGGUGUGGCAUAUCGAGAAGCUGAUUAAACAGCAUGAUCAUUACACAGGUGCACCUUGUGCAGGGGACAAUAAAAGGCCACUCUAAAAUGUGUAGUUUUGUCACACAACACAAUGCCACAGAUGUCUCAAGUUUUGAGGGAGCGUGCAAUUGGCAUGCUGACUGCUGGAAUGUCCACCAGAGCUGUUGCCAGAUAAUUUAAUGUUCAUUUCUCUACCAUAAGGUGCCUCCAACGUCGUUUUAGAGAAUUUUGGAGUACAUCCAACCGGCCUCACAACCGCAGACCACGUGUAUGGUGUCGUAUGGGUGAGCGGUUUGCUGAUGUCAACGUUGUGAACAGAGUGCCCCAUGGUGGCGGUGGGGUUAUGCUAUGGGCAGGCAUAAGCUACGGACAACAAACACAAUUGCAUUUUAUCGAUAACAAUUUGAAUGCACAAAAAUACUGCGAAGAGAUCCUGAGGCCCAUUGUGGGGCCCAUUUUUUUUUUUAAAGGUAUCUGUGACCAACAGAUGCAUAUCUGUAUUCCCAGUCAUGUGAAAUCUAUAGAUUACGGCUUAAUUCAUUUAUUGUUGUUGUUUUUUCGUGGGUAUUUUACCCCCGUUUUCUCCCCAAUUUCGAUCUUGUCUCAUCGCUGCAACUCCCCAACGGGCUCGGGAGAGGCGAAGGUCGAGUCACGCGUCCUCCGAAACAUGACCCGCCAAACCGCGCUUCUUAACCCGGAAGCCAGCUGUACCAAUGUGUCGGAGGAAACACCAUUUAACUGAUGACCCAAGUCAGCCUGCAGGCGCCUGGCCAGCCACAAGGAGUUGCUAGAGCGCGAUGAGCCAAGUAAAGCACCCCCGGCCAAACCCUCCCCUAACCCGGACAGCGCUGGGCCAAUUGUGCGCCGCCCUAUGGGACUCCCGGUCACGGCCGGUUGUGACACAGACUGGGAUCGAACCCGGGUCUGUAGUGACACCUCAAGCACUGCGAUGCAGUGCCUUAUACCGCUGCGCCACUCGGGAGGCCCUCAUUAAUUUAUUUAAAUCGACUGACCUGUAGCUCAGUAAGACCUUUGAAAUUGUUGCUUGUUGCGUUUUUUAUAUUUUUGUUCAGUAUAUAUGGAUAAACAUGUUUCUCUUUCCUCUCUGCAGUGUUUGGGCACAGACGACAGGGCUCUCAUCCGCAUCAUGGUCUCACGCAGUGAAGUCGACCUUUUCAAUAUCCGCAAAGAGUUCAAGGAGACUCACGACUGCUCUCUCCAUGAAUUCAUCCAGGUAGAAACCAUGGUUGUAAGUUUUCACAUUUUACAUGUCGACUGUCUGCUGCACUUUGCAUAUCCCUCUACAUGUCCCUGUACCCUCGCUGUGUGUGUGUGUGUGUGUGUGUGUGUGUGUGUGUGUGUGUGUGUGUGUGUGUGUGUGUGUGUGUGUGCGCGUCCUGCGUGCUGCAGCACAUCCUCUUUUCGUCGAGGCGGGUGGAGGGGGAACGGUGCUCUACAGCUUCCUGUGUUGGGCGGGGCUUGUGGGGCUGCGGCUGCCUUGUAGCUGUUCAGGAAUUUCCCCUGCAUGCUCGACUUCCUCUCUGUAGGCACGCCACCCGUGAUUGGCUAGGAGAUGCCGAGGCAGGAAGUGCCCAAUAACAGGUUUCUACUGGCUCUCUCACGUGUAAAAGACCAGGGUUGUGUACUAAAUGGCCCCCUCUUCCCCUAUGGGCCCUGGUUGAAAGUAGUGCACUAUAUAGAGUAUAGGGUUCUAUUUGGGACAUCCAACACCAGUAAUAACUUCUGCAGGUUAGGAUGGGCCUUAAAUAAUAUCUAUGAAUUUCGCCAUGUACCAGAGGAGGAUUUAAGAGCUAUUAUGGAAUUGGUGGGGAUUGAUAUACGGACAGGUUGAAAGAGUCGAGAAGUCACAUUCUGUAAAUACAGUUGUUGGAAAAAUACAAUCAAAUCUAACUAGAUUUGAAGACAUUCUUUAUUGCUGUCAGCAUAAAGUAAAUUGCCAUUUUGCUAAAAGAAUGUAUUUCAAAACCAAUUUUGAACUUAGAUUCUGACAAGUGAUAACUUCUUUGCUUUCUAUAAAUGUCUGUCCACUAACCCUGUAUGUCUCUGUUCUGUACUGUGUGUGUCUCUGUUCUGUGUGUCUCUGUUCUGUAUGUGUCUCUGUACUGUAUGUGUCUCUGUACUGUAUAUGUCUCUGUACUCUGUGUCUCUGUUCUGUAUGUGUCUCUGUACUGUAUGUGUCUCUGUACUGUAUAUGUCUCUGUACUCUGUGUCUCUGUACUGUAUGUGUCUCUGUACUGUAUAUGUCUCUGUACUCUGUGUCUCUGUACUCUGUGUCUCUGUACUCUGUGUCUCUGUACUGUGUGUCUCUGUUCUGUAUGUGUCUCUGUUCUGUAUGUGUCUCUGUACUCUGUGUCUCUGUACUCUGUGUCUCUGUACUGUAUGUGUCUCUGUACUCUGUGUCUCUGUACUCUGUGUCUCUGUUCUGUAUGUGUCUCUGUACUCUGUGUCUCUGUUCUGUAUGUGUCUCUGUUCUGUAUGUGUCUCUGUACUCUGUGUCUCUGUACUGUAUGUGUCUCUGUUCUGUAUGUGUCUCUGUUCUGUAUGUGUCUCUGUACUCUGUGUCUCUGUACUCUGUGUCUCUGUACUGUAUGUGUCUCUGUUCUGUAUGUGUCUCUGUUCUGUAUGUGUCUCUGUACUGUAUGUGUCUCUGUUCUGUAUGUGUCUCUGUUCUGUAUGUGUCUCUGUACUCUGUGUCUCUGUACUCUGUGUCUCUGUUCUGUAUGUGUCUCUGUACUGUAUGUGUCUCUGUUCUGUAUGUGUCUCUGUUCUGUAUGUGUCUCUGUACUCUGUGUCUCUGUACUGUAUGUGUCUCUGUUCUGUAUGUGUCUCUGUUCUGUAUGUGUCUCUGUUCUGUAUGUGUCUCUGUACUGUAUGUGUCUCUGUUCUGUAUGUGUCUCUGUUCUGUAUGUGUCUCUGUACUCUGUGUCUCUGUACUGUAUGUGUCUCUGUUCUGUAUGUGUCUCUGUUCUGUAUGUGUCUCUGUUCUGUAUGUGUCUCUGUACUCUGUGUCUCUGUACUCUGUGUCUCUGUACUGUAUGUGUCUCUGUUCUGUAUGUGUCUCUGUUCUGUAUGUGUCUCUGUUCUGUAUGUGUCUCUGUACUCUGUGUCUCUGUACUCUGUGUCUCUGUACUGUAUAUUUCUCUGUACUCUAUAUUUCUCUGUACUGUAUGUGUCUCUGUACUGUGUGUCUCUGUGUCUGUGUCUGUGUCUGUGUGACAUUACUGAGUUGACAGUGCUUUUAUUGUGGGAGCUGCCUCAUAGACCUAACUGAUUAGUACCGCCGCUCUGAAUAACUUAUAACCUAUCAUUUUUAUAUAGCUAUAUAAUAUGUGAUAUAAUUAAGCAAUAAGGCCCGAGGAGGCGUGGUAUAUUGGCCAUAUACCGCAAACACCUGAGGUGCCUUAUUGCUAUUAUAAACUGGUUACAAAUAUAAUUAGAGCAGUAAAAAUAAAUGUUUUGUCAUACCCGUGGUAUAUGGUCUGAUAUACCACGGCUGUCAGCCUAUCAGCAUUCAGGGCUUGAACCACCCAGGUUAUAAUCUAAGUUAUAUAAUAUGUGAUAUAAUCUAAGUUAUAAACUGGGUUGUUUUUACUCUUCUAAUUACCUUGGUAACCAGUUUAUAAUAGCAAUAUGUCACCUCGGGGGUUUGUAGUAUAUGGCCAAUAUACUAAGGGCUGUAUCCAGGAACUCUGCGUUGCGUCGUGUAUAAGAACAGCCCUUAGCCGUGGUAUAUUGGCCAUAUACCACACCCCUUCGGGCCUUAUUGCUUAGUUAUAUAAUAUGUGAUAUAAUAACGUACACUGUAUAAACACUCAGUAAAAGAGACCCUAAAUACUCCUUCCUCUGCUUGUAUGUUAAAUAUUGUGUUCAAAAUGUGAAUUUGUCCCAAAUGGUCCCCUUUUAUUAUAUAGUGUGGGACGAAGACUUUGUUUUAGUAAGUUCCUAAAAAGCUGCUGCUUCCUCUCUCAGGGUGAAACCUCAGGGGACUACCGUAAGACCCUGCUGAUUCUGUGUGGAGGAGAAGACUAGAACCACCCAGCAGGCUUCCAGAAGGUCCCAGAACACUCUAGAACCAGAACCACUCAGCAGGCUUCCAGAAGGCUUCCAGAACACCAGUGGAACUUCUGGAACCCUCUAGAACACCAACUGAAGCUGUCAAUCUACAGGUCAACUGUGCUGUGCAUACAUCCCCAUUGAACCUAGUGGGGAUAGUCACUCUGCUCUGUGUGUCCCUCACCGCUGCCACUCCUCUGCCAAAGUGACCUAUGACCUCAACAGCCUCCCAUACAGAGUCCAAGUUCCUUUCUUCCUUCCUAGCUUUCUUGAAGUAAUCACAGAUCUAAAUCGGUUCAAGUGAUGUUAGGGUGGUAACCUUGCUAUGCAUACACCUAUCCAUAACUAAGGAUGCAUUUCUAAAGUAUUGGAACAAGAGCCAAAGCUCUGUGCUGUCACCUCUGUGUCAGAUAGCCUGUGUUCUUCAUGUCAAACGUUAUUUUUAUUUUUAUUUUAAUUUUUUACAGAACCCCUGUAGUUUUAGUGGUAUUUACAUUGAAA